AUGUCAUCCUUCGGUCGAUCAUUUUCUUCUGCUUCCCCCGUCAUGGCUUUGCCACCGCAGCCUGCCCAUCAAGCGAGCUUCGGCAUGGAGUCGUACAAUGUUCAAGCCACGCCAUUUGGACACUCUACCACGUUCCAACGAUGCGCUGCGCCAUUGAUGGCGUCCCCUGGAAAUCUCAAAACCGCUGGUCGAAAGCGUUCUCGCGAUGAGGCCGCUCCCAACCUUGUAACAGACGAGCCCGAACCCCAUUCCGAACCUAAAGAACCAGAGGACGAAUGGGAGUACGGUCCGGGCAUGGUGCUUAUCAAGAAGGGUGGCUACGUCGCCGAUGCAAGCAGUCAAUCAGGCACUUGGGUCGAGGAGAAAGCUGCGGAGGAUGAAGUUCGCAAGGCUAAGGACGCAAUUACGCGUCUCCACGACCAGCAGGAACGCCCGUCUCUUCGCAGCAACAAGUCCCAACGCUUAACUCAAGAAACUACAUCCACUUUUGGCGCUGCUAGCCAGCAAUUUGUGGCUUCUAGAUCUGAAACUCUUCCUCUUGAGAACUCGGCACACCCGGUAGUCGACCAUUUUACCUUGCAUCUUGGCAUUGGUUGGAGGCGCAUCAGCGAGGAUCAGCAUAUUCAAGCCGCCGCACGGGGAUGGGCUCGUUACAUCGAAAACCACUACCCUGUCUCAUCUGUCGUCAUUCGACUUGAAAGUAAAGGCCUUCAGUCGUACCUCGUUGAAGCUGCCGAGGGCUUCUUCCUUUUCUCUGAAGACUUACGACAAGGCCGGCUUGUUAGCAAGGAUUCUGAGGGAGCCUUGAGAAAUCUAAGAUGCAUUCCUCCAGCAUUUGAUGGCCCGGAGACUCUUAUCGUAAGCGAGUCGCCCAUUGCGAACGAAGCAUCCAACACAAUGGCAGCAGCGGAGGUUGACAGCCACAUGGAAAUGUGCUGA